AUGAUUGUCAACAUGAGCAAUGAAAAUGAUACAUUGGAGACCUGUCUUGACUGCAGAAAUCUUUAUUAUUUGUAUGAGCUGAGCACUCAUCUAGAGACUUGCAGAUCAACCCACAACAGCAGAACCUCUAUGUCAACCCAAUACCGUAGCACCUCUACGUCAACCCAAUACAGCCACACCUCUAGAUCAACCCAAUACAGCCACACCUCUACAUACAGCCACACCUCUAGAUCAACCCAAUACAGCCACACCUCUACAUCAACCCAAUACAGCCACACCUCUAGAUCAACCCAAUACAGCCACACCUCUACGUCAACCCAAUACAGCCACACCUCUAGAUCAACCCAAUACAGCCACACCUCUACGUCAACCCAAUACAGCUGCCACACCACAAAACACUCAAGCCCUGUCGCAGAGUCUGCUGACAUUGAUGAUGUCAUAAAGGAAGCUAUAGAAUACUGUAAGAUUCACGAUCUGCACAACAGUCCCGUUGAGGUAUUGCGGCACAUUCAAAGUGUUGUUGUCCAGGGAAGGUCCUUGGACAUGCAAAAUCUCCUCAUUCCACCUACUGGAAGAUCUAUUUCGAACCAAAUUUUCAUAGACAGGRGAAAUGURCUCGAAACUGGCUUGAGUGAGGUCAAGUGCAUUGAAAACAAGCAUUUGACUUUGGAGGUUGUGUUCUAUGGGGAGCUUGCAGAAGAUCAUGGGGGGCCGAGAAGAGAAUUUUUCUCAAUUGUAUUACGAGAAAUCUUUGACUUCUACUUUAAACACGGUUUAAAARAGCACAUGGCUGAUGACUACCACACAAUAGGAGUUAUCAUGGGUAAGCAUUAG